AAGCGAAUCUCUCGCCUGCACAGCAGACCAGUUGGGCUUCCUGACCUUAAGAUCUCCAAAACAAUGGGCAAUUCAACGGGCAGCACCGUGGACGACCUGCAGGCAGUGGAGAUGCAUCUGUGGUAUAAGAAGUUCAUGACAGAGUGUCCAUCCGGUCAGCUCACGCUGCAUGAGUUUAAGCAGUUCUUCGGGCUCAGGGGUCUGGAUCCAGAAGCCAAUGCCUACAUCGAGCAGAUGUUUCGCACCUUUGACAUGAACAAGGACGGCUAUAUCGACUUUAUGGAGUACGUGGCCGCUCUGAGUCUUGUGAUGAGAGGAAAAAUGGAGCACAAAUUACGCUGGUAUUUCAGACUCUAUGAUGUUGAUGGGAAUGGAUGCAUAGACAGAUAUGAGCUGCUGAACAUCAUAAAGGCCAUUCGUGCCAUCAAUGGAAGCGAGACCCAGGAAUCGAGCGCUGAAGAGUUCACAAACAGAGUGUUUGAAAGGAUCGACAUCAAUGGGGAUGGGGAGCUCUCGCUGGAUGAGUUUGUAGCAGGGGCUCGCAGUGAUGAAGAGUUUAUGGAGGUGAUGAUGAAGAGUUUGGACCUCACACACAUCGUGGCCAUGAUCCAUAACCGGAGACACAGCGUUUAAAAGACUGUUCAAAUGUUUGGAAAACAGGACAGAGAUGCUCCCUCAUCAAAUCUCCACUGUCUAAUGCUAAAACCGUUUAGUGCACAAACAAUCAUUUCAAACUGAGACUGAGCUAAAGAGGCCAAGAGAUGAAAUUAGACUGGGACGUCCCACAUCUAAUAAACUGACUGUUUCCCAAAAAACAGCCUUCUUCAGAAAGAGGCUUCAUGGGAAAAGAAUCAGGAAGAUGUUAACUUCCAUUUAUGAGGUUUUUACUUUUUUUUAUUGAGAUAUUUUUGUUGUCAAAAAUAGAGAUAGCUUAUGAUCAAAUAUAUUUUUAAAAUAUAUAUAUUUUUUUUCUGUAUUAAAUGCCUCACCAAAAGACAUGUAUAAAUUGUUUACUUACAAAAGAUUAGCAACAAUUACAUUUUUGAGCAAAAGUUUGGGUUCAAUAAGAUUUUUUUAAAAUAUAUAAAAGUAUUUUAUGAUCACCAAAGUUGCAUUUAAUUGAUUAAAAUAAACAGUAAAAUAGAAACAUUUAGUACUGUAUUAAUAUUAACAAGAAGCAUAAUAGAAAUAUGACACAUGAAAGAUUAAAAGCUUUUAAUUUUCACUUAAUAAUAAUAAUAACAACAACAACAUUAAUAAUAAUAAUACUCCUAGGAUGGUAAAGCCUAAUAUUCAGCAUCAUUACACUUAACUUAAUCAUAUCAUUCAGUGUCACAUGAUCCUUCAAAAAUCAGUCUAAUAUGCUGAUUUCCUCAAGGUAAGCAAGUAAUUAGCACUAUCAUUGUAGAAAACAGGAAUUAGUUUUGACAUUGCAAACAUCUGUACUGUCACUCCUGAUCGAUUUAAUUAAUCAGUUGAAUGCAUCUUUGUCAAAAACAAUAAUAUAAAAUAAAUAAAUAAAUAAUAUUAAUAAGAAUCAUUUCUUAAAAAA